AUGGACGCACCAGGAUCUAAAAAAAUUCUUGAGUGGAACAACCGAGUGCAUGUAGUGACUACAGCGCUACCUUUUAUACACGUUUUAAAAAUGUCUCCGAACUUGAUUGUUAAAGUUCAUCCUGUUAUCCUUUUUAGCAUUGUCGAUUCUUACGAAAGAAGACAUGAGGGUGCUAAUCGUGUAAUUGGAACUUUACUAGGUAUACAAGAAAAAGGAGCGGUUGAGGUAACCAAUUGUUUCUGUGUGCCACAUAAUGAGCUGGAAGAUGAGGUAGCCAUUAAUAUGGAGUUUGCUAAGGAUAUGUUUGAAUUUCAUCGAAGAGUUAAUCCCAGUGAAGUGAUUGUUGGAUGGUAUGCUACAGGACCUGAUGUAACAGAACACUCGGUGUUAAUUCAUGAUUACUACAGCAGAGAAGCAAACAAUCCGAUACAUCUCACUGUUGAUACCUUUUUGACUGAGGGUCACCUUAGCAUCAAACCUUACACAAGGUAUGGUACAAUUUUGACUUGUAAGCAGAAUAUUGGGUAUGCUGUGAAUGCCGCAACAGUGAAAGUCUGCCAGGGUACAAAGUUUAACAAACAGAAGAGUGUUGAAUGCAAACCUGACUUUGAUCAGAUAACUGGAUCAACUCGGAACAUCCAAGAACUUUUAGAUAUUGUCAUUGGAUAUGUAGAUGACGUCUUGGCUGGAAGAACUCAAGCUGAUAAUUCUGUUGGCAGAGCUUUGAUGGAUAUGGUACAGAGUGUCCCUCAGAUGAAUCCAGAGGAGUUCCAAGAGAUGCUGAACUCAAACAUGAAGGAUCUGCUGAUGGUAGUGUAUUUAUCUCAACUGACCAAAACUCAGCUGACCCUUCAUGAAAAACUUACCUAUGUGUAGAGUAAAAUGUAAAAUAAAGUUAUGAAGUUCUUCACCUA